AUGCUAUCAAAAAAGUUUGCGGCCGUGGCCACCCUGUUGGCAUCUAUCUCGUCUGCAGCAAAAGUGGCAUCAAAAGACAUGGAACAAGAUCUAGGCACCGUGCUAGCCAACAACAAAGAUCUAUCCACAUACUACGAACUCAUACAGGCAUGCAUAACAAUCAUUGCACCCUCCAAUGACGCCUUCAAAAACAUCCCCUACACUGCCCUCAACGGCGUGUGGAAUGCAACUGAUAAAGACACCACUGUGCCUCUCCUGCAAUAUCACAUCCUCCAAGGAACCGUCGCCACAAAUGCCCUCCUAACAGGUCCUACCUACGUCCGACCAACCCUCCUGACCAGCAGUCACUACACCAACGUGACGUCUGGGCAAAACGUCCUCAUCGCCAAACAACCCGGCGACGACGUCGUCUUCACCACCAGCAUGGGCACUCGCUGCACUCUCACCGAGGGCGACAUCACCUUCCAGGGCGGUCUGAUUCAAGUGGUUGACAACCUGCUCGUGCCUCCCGCGCGUUUGCAAAACACCUCCGAAGCAUUCAGCGUACCCAACUUCCUAGGCGCUCUCUAUGCCGGCAAGCUCAUGCCAAAGGUCUCCUACGAGGAGAACAUCACCGUCUUUGCCCCCAUCGACAGCGCCUUUGCCACAAUCGGUGGUUCUCUCAAGCACAUGGAUGCCAAGGCCAUUGCCCGAAUCAUGGGCUACCACAUCAUCCCUAACCAAGUCCUCGUCUCCUCCGCCCUCACAAACGGCACCCGCCUCCAAACCCUCGCCAACAACGCCGCCGGCAACGCCCCCGAAUCGCUCGUCGUCCGCCAAGCCGGCAACAACAAAUUCGUCAACUCGGCGCAAAUCGUGCAGCCCGACAUCCUCCUCGCAAACGGCAUCAUGCACCUCAUCUCCGGCGUGCUUAACCCAGACGCCGACGCCGCCGUGCCCAACCCCACGGCCCUUUCCCAAGCGCCCGUUUUCCCCGUGAGCUCGGCCAAAAACCCCUUUACGUCGGCGCUGCCGUGCACCGUGAGCUGCCCCGUCACAACGACGUCGACGAGCAGCACUGUGGAUGCGACGACUACGAGCACAAGCGUCUUUACGACGAAAAGCAAAGGCGCUGCUGGGGCUCUUGCCACGGCGGAUAUACAUGCUGCUGGAGUGGCGCUGGGUUUGCUUGGUGCAGGACUGCUGUUUUAG